AUGGCAUCUGUGCUGGGCCCAGCAGAACAAGGAGAAUUUGAUGAUGUGGAAAAGUUAGAAGGAGAAGAGAAAGAGAGAGAAAUGAAUCUCAGAGGCAAUAGAAAAACAACAAAAGAAGAAUCCCGUGAUUUGAAAUUCCAGAACUUUGCUCUGCCAGAAAAUAGGUCAUGGCCUCGAACCCAUAGUGUCACAGGCCAGUACCAGACUAUUAAUGAGCCUCUUCUUGACAGCGGAAGGAAAUUAGCAGCAGUCCUCGAUGGAGCAAAAGACCACACAGAUGAGGACUAUGAAGACCCUGAGCUUCAUAUGGUAGAAGCACAGCAAUCAGUGAAAAUUUUACCAGCCAGGCCUAUAAAGGAAUCUGAAUAUGCGGAUACACGUUAUUUCAAGGGUGUGAUGGACACGCCCCUUUCCUUAGAUGCCAAGACCUCUAUCCCCACAGACAGGCAAACCCGGAUGAGGCUGGACAAAGUGGAACAACCCAUUUUCAGGGAUAUCAGAAGCCAACAUGUUAAAGGAGACAAACCCACAAAGGGAAACAAGACUCCUUUACCACCUCCUCGGCCGCCCAUCACUCUUCCAAAGAAGUACCAGCCCCUGCCCCCUGAGCCGGCGAACAGCAGGCCACUCUUCCCGCAGAGGUACACCUUUCCCGAAGUCCAGGGAGGGUCCAGACAGAUAAGCUUAAAGAACUUAAGUGAGGUCCUUGGAACAGAGAAAGUUCCUCAUCACCAGAUGAAGCCUGAAUUAUCUCACCUGUCACAAAACCAAAGUCCUCAAGAGAUUCCUCUUGCCAUUGCCAGCUCUUCAUUCGUGACUCACAACCACAGUGUACAAAACAGAGAUCAUAAAGAAAGCAUGCAGUCCUAUCCUCCUCAGAGAUGUCAGUCUCCAGCCAGCUAUGGCCCUCUGGAAAAUUCGCUAUGUUGUAAAAACACAAGCAGGAAGAAACCUUUCCCCACAAGGUCUGACGAAAAGGAUGUCCGGCACAACGAAUGGUACAUUGGAGAAUACAGUCGCCAGGCAGUGGAAGAGGCAUUGAUGAAGGAGAACAAGGAUGGCACCUUCUUGGUCCGAGACUGUUCCACAAAAUCCAGGGCGGAGCCCUAUGUGUUGGUGGUGUUUUAUGGGAACAAAGUCUACAAUGUGAAAAUCCGCUUCCUGGAGAGGAAUCAGCAGUUUGCCCUGGGGACAGGGCUCAGAGGAGACAAGAAGUUUGAUUCAGUGGAAGACAUCAUCGAACACCACAAGUAUUUUCCUAUUAUACUCAUUGACGGGAAGGAUAAAACUGGGAUCCACAGGGAACAGUGUUACCUGACUCAGUCCCUCCCUCUCAGCAGACACUUCUCACUUAUGUAG